AUGCUGCAACAGCUACGCCCCACGUUCCGCCGCUCUCGUGCACUUCUCCAUACACGCUGCAUUUCUUCCAACUUUGACGCUCCUCCAUACAAGCUCAGCGUAUCAGGCCAGCAAAGUCGAGUAAUUUUUGGAGCUAAAGUUGCUGCGACGCAACUUGGCGCGUUAUGUCGCACUAGCGGCAUGCACAAGGUGCUGGUCGUACGCGACCGCGAUGCCACUGCUGCCUCACGCACAAAGUAUGCCGAGUAUCUGCUGAUGCAAGCUGGUAUGCCUUGCUUUCAGUAUACGCUGGAGAGGGACUGCGCUACGCUUGACGGUGUGGAUCACGCGGCUGCCAUUGCUCAGCGUGUCGGCGCUGACGGGGUUGUGAGCUUUGGUGGCGGAAAUACUAUGGACAUGGCUCGUGCUGUGGCUGUGGUUCUAGCCAACGGUGGGCGUGCGGCUGACUUUAUGGCCAUUACAAGCGACGACAGCGAGGAUGACAAGCUUGAGUUGCAGCAAGGAAAAUUGAAGACCGUGCCACUGUUGCUCGUUCCGACCAUUGUCGGGACUGGAGCGGAGGUGGCAAAGCAAACUAUGUUGCUGGAUGAAGAUGCCGAGACAAAGUUGCUCUUUGCGGCAGGAAGGGACAUCGUGCCUGAGGCGGUGAUUAUUGACCCGACAUUGAUGCUGACGGUGCCGCUGCAGUUGACAGUACAAGGCGCUUUGACGGCUUUGGGUCAGUGUCUUGAGUCUUAUUUGUUGGGUGGGGCGGACGACGCUUUGGCACUGGAAGGACUGGAGGCUGUGGCAAAGGCUCUUGCUGCACCGCUUAAAGAAGGAAAGUUGGAUCUCGAGGGAGCAUUUUUACGUGAGCAGUUUGCACUUGGUAGCUUGCUGUCGGGAAUAGCGACUAAUUCGUCGGGACCAGGAUCAGCACAGGCGCUGGCAAUGUCAAUGGGUGGUAUUUCUGACCUGCCGCACGCUCAGGUGGCAACAGCUUUUUUGCCAUUCGUUUUCGAUCGGUAUAAUGAGUUGCUGAGCGAGAAUGAAGGUGAACCAUUCUUUGGCGAACUGCGUGAAAAGCUGGAGAAUGCAUUGGACCGACUAACGGUAGCGAGCGGAUUCCAGAGCGACAACGUGGCCACGUGGCUGCGGUACGUCAUCACACGCUUUGAUCUGCCGACCGCUUCUACACUUGAGCUGGAAGAGAGUCUACUGGACGGCCUUGUAGAUCGUGCUGCAGAGUAUCAGGACGAGUCGAUGGAAGUAUCUUGUAGCGAUGGAAACGGCGCUAUCAUGGAGAAGAAUGACUUGUGCGCCAUUAUCGAUCGUGCUGUGGUAGCGGUUGCGCCCUCAAAGGAGAGCGAAGACAAGUGA